UCAUCACAACCAAGAUGGCGGCGGAGCGGACAGCCGGCUCUGCUCGGUGACUGACAGAAGAAGGCGCCUCUCUCUCGGUGUUGGACGGUUCACGGUCACAGGAGGAGAAACAAACACACACUCAAAAAACCAAACUCAUUUUAAAAACCCACCGGUCACCUCAGCCUUUCGGUACCGGGACUGUGAUGAACCAGCACCGGUAGACCGGAGUUGUGAGGACCGAUUUGACGCUUCGCUAACGGGGGGGCAGUUGGCGGGGAUGGAAGAUGAUGGAGGACAAAGGCCCUCGUGUAGCCGACUACUUUGUGGUGGCCGGUCUGACGGACUCGUCCAAGCCGUUGGACCAGGAGAUCCACUUUGACGAUGUCUGCCACAAGACGGCCAAGCCCAAGGCACCGGUCACCGACGUGGCCCUGGUGAUCCGCUCGAUGGGCGAGGAGGUGCCGCCAGGGUUCACUUGCAUCGAGACGACACCCAGCGGCCAUUCAGCCGAUCUUAACAAUGGCGGCCUCAUGGCGCCACAGAUCUUUAUAUGCUACAGGCGAGGUCGUGACAAGCCGCCACUCACUGACCUUGGUGUGUUGUUUGAGUGGAAGGAGCGACUGAAGCAGGGCUGCCAUCUCAUCCAGACCACGCCCUCCGGUCGCCCAGCCAAUAUCAGCGGCAAUUCCUCUCAACGCAUCUACGUCACUUACCGCCGGGCGCCUGAGAGUCAGCCACAUGCCGCCCUGGCGGUCACAGACAUCUGCAUCAUCAUCCCGAGCAAGGGAGAGUCACCUCCACACACCUUCUGUAAGGUGGAGAAGAAUCUCAACAGCAGCAUGUGGGGCUCAUCUGUCUACCUGUGUUACAAGAAGUCUGUGGCCAAAACCAACACAAUAGCCUACAAAGCAGGUUUAUUCAGCAGAUAUCCAGAGGAGGACUAUGAGUCAUUCCCGCUGCCAGAGUCGGUCCCUCUCUUCUGCCUUCCCAUGGGAGCCACGAUCGAGUGUUGGCCGGCAAACACCAAAUACUCCCUCCCUGUUUUCUCCACCUUUGUCCUCACAGGAGCCUCUGGAGAGAAGGUGUACGGUGCUGCCAUUCAGUUCUAUGAGCCCUUCCCGCAGGAGUGUCUGACCGAUCAGCAGCUCUCCCAGCUUGGCCUCCUGAGCCUGGAUCCACACAAACCCUCCUCCACCUCCCCGAACCCUGCGGCCUCAGCUAGCGGCAACACCACCAACCCCCGCCUGGUUUACACCAACAAGUGUAUCUGUCUACUCUCUCACUGGCCCUUCUUUGACGCUUUUCGCAAGUUCCUCACAUUCCUGUAUCGCUACUCCAUCUCUGGCCCUCAUGCCCUGCCCAUCGAGAAGCACAUCUCACAUUUUAUGCACAAAGUUCCCUUCCCCUCCUCGCAGAGGCCUCGCAUCCUGGUGCAGCUUUCCCCUCAUGACAGCCUGAUGUUGAGCCAGCCAGUAUCUUCUCCUUUACCCCUCAGUGGUGGACGAUUUUCCACGCUGCUCCAAAACCUCGGACCAGAGAACGCCAUCACCCUGCUGGUGUUUGCUGUCACCGAACACAAGAUCCUGGUGCACUCGCUGCGUCCGGCCGUACUGACCAGUGUCACUGAAGCUCUGGUGUCUAUGAUCUUCCCGUUCCACUGGCCAUGUCCGUAUAUUCCUCUUUGCCCUCUGGCAUUGGCUGACGUGUUGAGUGCCCCCUGUCCAUUUAUCGUGGGAGUGGACUCUCGCUACUUCGAUCUUUAUGACCCCCCUCCAGAUGUGAGCUGCGUGGACCUGGACACAAACACCAUCUUCCACAAUGAAGAUAAGCGAGCACUCACAUGGAAGAUCCUGCCAAAGAAAGCCUGUAAAAACCUGAUGAAUGUGCUGAGCAAUCUCUACCAGCAGCUGGUCGAUGGUCAGCACCGACCUGAUGGGCUGCUGGAGCUGAGCAUGAGCGACUCGUCAGAGCUGAGCUGUGGGAAGAGUCUUCACACGCUGGAGCUGGAGAUCCAGGAAGCCUUCCUGCGCUUCAUGGCAGCCAUUUUGAAGGGCUACCGUUCGUUCUUACGACCCAUCACCCAGGCGCCGUCUGAGAAAGCCACAGACGCUAGUUCACUCUUUGACCUACAAGGAUUCUUGAAAAGCCGUGACCGCUCUCACCAGAAGUUCUACUCACUGAUGACGAAGACCCAGAUGUUCAUCCGCUUUAUCGAGGAGUGUUCGUUCGUCAGUGACAAAGACGCCAGCCUGGCCUUCUUCGACGACUGCGUGGACAAGCUCUACAAUUCAGAGCGCAGUGCGGACAAAGGAGGGAAGGUGGACAGUGAGAAGCCCGAGGAGUCCAGGCUGAUAGAGUUUGAUGAAUCCCAGCGCAGUGAGCACACGGUCUUUAUCACACCUCCAGAGCUGCCUCCCCUGCCUGAGGGGGAGGAACACCCGCUCUGCUACAGGUACGAUGGUUUCCCGGUGUUAAGUCUUGACCUGUUUGACCCGGUGGAGGGUCUGCGGACUCCCUCCUCCCGCCUCGCUGCCAGACACAGCUGCCCCACCAGCCCUGCCCCCAUGUUUAGACGCACCAAGCAGGAGAUCAAAUUGUCCCAGAAGAUAGCAAAGAAAUACUCAUCCAUUCCUCAGCUGUGGUCCAAGUGUCUGCUCCGUCACUGCUACGGUCUGUGGUUCAUCUGUCUGCCGGCGUACGUAAAGGUGUGCCACUCCAAGGUGAGGGCCCUUCGUACCGCCUACGACGUCCUCAGGAAGAUGCAGGCCAAGAAGUUGCAGCCCCCUGAUGAGGUGUGUUACCGGGUGCUGAUGCAGCUCUGUGGACAGUAUGGUCAGCCUGUCCUCGCAGUCAGGGUCCUCUUUGAGAUGAAGAAGGCUGGAAUCCACCCCAACGCCAUCACAUACGGCUACUACAACAAGGCGGUGCUGGAGAGCACGUGGCCCUCCAGCACCAGAGGAGGAUACUUCCUGUGGAUGAAGCUGAGAAAUGUCGUUCUGGGCGUGGCGCAGUUCAAACAGGCUCUACGACGGCAUGGUCCUGUCACCCAGAGCCCUCUGUCAGAUGGCAGCGACCUGGACGCUGUGAGUCACGGCAGCCUGGAUAGCUCUGUCGACACUAACGUGGCCGAGCAGGGUCACUACGCCACUGACUCCGUCAAAGUAGACCCCACUGAUGAUAGAUCUAGCACAGUUGGCCGUGGGGGCGGCAGCGUGGGCACCAGGGCCCCGGUGGCCCACUCCCACUGUGGGGGCUCUGAGCUCAGAGAAGCCACCCUCCACCCAGAGUCGGCACCUCUGCAGGAGACUUUGCGUGGUGCGCACAAAGAGUGA